UAUUAGGAACAUUCCUAGUGCCUCGGCCAAAACCCAUUGUGAAUAUGUGGGCCCUCCUGGAGCCUUUUUCACUAAGUCUUUGGUUCGCGGUUGUAGUGAUUACUAUUCUCAUGAGCAUUGCCCUGUGGAAACAGGCGUGGAUCGACCCCAGAGUCCCUAAGAGAUUUAAGAGCUAUAUUAAUGCAAUUACGGAGUUGAUGGGGCGUCUUGUGGGUUCAUGGGCGCCAAGAAAAAUAAAAGGACUCAGAGUUCAACUCCAGUUGUGGCAUUUCGCUGGACUAUUGUUGGUCACAGCUUACUCCAGUAGUCUAGCUGCAAUAUUGACAACCCCAGAUUAUGAACCAAGGAUUGACACGGCUAAAAAUUUCAUCGAAUCUAAUCUGACCUGGGGCAGCUACGGUGCACCAAGAAACUUAAAAUUUUUUUUCGACAUGAAUGAUACGUAUGCCAAGCAAAUACCCAGAAAAUUACGGUACGAAGCCAAUGAACAGGAGAGAGGCCGCAAUAUUUUGAGUAAAAAUUAUGCCAUUUACGGCAGAAUUGGUCAUAAAAUUUUUUUCCCCGUUGCUCCUGUCAACGGCAGAGAUCUCAAUAAUUACAGAUUAAUGCGAGAACCGACUUCCAAGUUCUUUCUCUCGUUCAUCACUCAACCGUGGCUUGUCAACUCCAUUGAUACUAUGGUUUCGCGAUUGAUUGAGAGUGGCUUCGCGGAAUAUCACAUUCGCGAUAUUAUUCGUCGCCGGUUUACCACUGAUUUUCGAAGUGUUUUCAUCGAGCACGAUGUGGAAAACAAGGACAAGCCACAGCCGUUGGAGCUUAAACCACUUGGGGUAGCUUUCAUAGUACUUUUUAUAGGGUACUUUGUGGCCACUGCAGUGUUCUUAUUCGAGGUGAGAGCCAGAAAGAAUGAGAAAGCAGUUGCCAAGGGAAAGGUGAAUAUUCAACGAAGGAUAAACCAACGAGUGAGGAAGUUACAAUUGAAAUAUUUCAUUCGAAGAUGCAUUUUCCAGAGGUGAAUGUAAACAUUAUUUUUAAAAUCUCUUCAAGAUUAUUUUCAAGUGAAUUAUGUACUCAGUGAAUGAUGAAUCAAUUAAUCAUAGGGUGGCUAAACAAUAAAUCAGUUAUUCUUUUACUUCUUAA